UUUCAUGAUUUCACGUGCAGUGCAGUGAGAUACGCCCACUUGUGGUAGAGAAAGCAAUUCAAGCUGGGGGGGCCAUAUCAAGAUAGCUGCACAAGCAAGAAAGUAACAGACUAAGCUAUCUAAAGCUCAGGAUGUCCUCGAGGAAGGGAAAGAAGCCGCGAGCAGGGGAGAGCUCCAGGCCAGGAUCUGGUGAUCCAUCACACUCGUACACAGGCAAGCAAUCCAGAAGCAAACCCAGUGCGGCGGCUACAAGCAUCGAACCUGAGACCAUCCCGAAUGGAAGACCAAAUGGAAGAAGCAAUCAACGUACAACCACCGGUAAAGCUCCGAGUCGGACUGCUCCCGGCAGACCCCCCAUACAGGGUGGAAACCGCCCCCAGCAGAGCAGAGUAGCUCCAGUUAGACCCUCCACACAGAGUCAGCCUCAGGGCAGGAAACAACCCAAGGACUCGAAGAGCGAGAAGUCGUUGAGACGCAGUGUCAGUCCACGUAAGGAGCAGUACUCCCACCUGCUGGACGAGAGUGUGGGGUGUGGAGACAUGGUGCUACUGGAACCGCUGACGGAGGAGCGUCUCAUUGACAACCUCAAGCUACGAUACAAGGCCGGGGAGAUCUAUACGUACAUCGGUCCAGUGGUGGUAUCCAUCAAUCCUUAUCGCAAGAUAGACAUCUACACUCCGGAGCAUAUUGAAGAGUAUCGGAGCAGAAACAUAUUUGAAAUGCCUCCUCACAUCUUUGCAGUAUCUGAUGAGGCCUACCGUUCCAUGAGGGACAGACACACAGAUCAGUGUGUAAUAAUCUCCGGGGAAUCAGGGGCCGGGAAAACAGAAGCAUCAAAACUAGUGAUGCAGCACGUGGCAGCUGUGUCUGGUCACGGCGAGGAGGUGAACAGAGUCAAGCAACAACUGCUCAAAUCUAAUCCUGUACUUGAAGCAUUUGGGAAUGCGAAAACAACACGUAAUGACAACUCGUCGAGAUUUGGGAAGUACAUGGACCUAGAGUUUGACCAUAAGGGGAAUCCCGUCGGAGGGAUCAUCACUAACUAUCUCCUAGAAAAGUCAAGAGUGGUGGGUCAAUUGGAAGGAGAGAGGAAUUUUCACAUCUUCUAUCAACUGCUGGCCGGGUCUUCACCGGAUGUUUUGGCGAUGAUCCACCUGGAGCAAGACCCCAGCAAGUACCACUACAUGGGGAAGGGGCAGAUGACACCUCACGAUAAGAAGGACUUCGAAGCCACCGUUCAAGCCAUGGAGGUGAUAGGGUUCCAGCCUGAUGAGAUCAGUGCCACUCUGGAGCUACUCGCCUCUGUCUUGAACCUUGGCAACGUGAGCUUCGUUGGCAACACACUUCCCGAUGGAAGUGACAGCUGCUCCAUCUCCGAUAUGACAUCUAUUAGCUAUGCCUGUGAUAUGAUUGGCUGCUCUCUUGAGCUGCUAGAAGAAUGUAUGACAAAGAGGAGUGUUGAGACAAAAACUGAUUUUGUCCUUAAGCCGUUGUCACAAGCGGAGGCAGUGUACGCACGAGACGCCCUCUGUAAGGCCAUCUAUGAUCGUCUCUUCUCAUGGCUCGUGAACAGAAUCAAUGACAGGAUAAAGGCAAAGACACGAUCCAAGAAGAAGGUGAUGGGAGUUCUGGAUAUCUACGGCUUCGAGGUCCUUCAAGAUGGAAAUAGUUUUGAGCAGUUUAUCAUCAACUAUUGCAACGAGAAGCUGCAGCAGGUGUUUAUCGAACUGACCCUCAAGUCUGAGCAAGAGGAGUACGUAUUGGAGGGAAUCAAGUGGGAGCACAUUGACUACUUCAACAACACCAUAAUCUGCAAGCUCAUCGAACAUCCGAGUGAGGGCAUGAUGGUGUACAUUGAUGACGAGUGUUUGAGACCAGGUCAAGCCACGGACGAAACUCUCCUCGAGAAGUUUGACAAACACUGUCUUUCUCACGCUCACUACGAGAGCAGGGCUUCCAAGGAGUACCGUACCGAUCACACUCUGGACAGAAACCAGUUCCGAUUGGUCCAUUACGCAGGAAAGGUGACCUACAAGAUAGAGGGAUUCCUGGACAAGAAUCGAGACCUCCUCUUUAAAGACCUCUCCAAGGCCAUGUACGCGUGUGAGCGAGGCAUGCUACAAGAGCUAUUCCCUGAGGGCAACCUCGACCUGAACACGCUCAAGCGACCCUCAACAGCUGGCUAUCAGCUGAGAAACUCAGUCAACCAACUCAUGAAGAACCUGCUAACAAAGAACCCAAACUACAUCAGGUGCAUCAAGCCGAAUGAUCAGAAACAGGCAUUCAUAUUCGACGAGCCCCUCGUCCGCCAUCAGGUGUCCUACCUUGGCCUCUACGAGAACGUCCGUGUGAGGAGGGCGGGGUUUGCUUAUCGGCAGGAGUACGGCAAAGCUCUUUCAAGAUACAAGAUGCUGUGUGACAGUACAUGGCCCACGUGGAAAGGCAGACCCAUCGAUGGAGUCAGAGAAAUCUUGAAGGGUCUCACCAAGAGCAAGAAGGACUAUGCUUGUGGUCGGACAAAGGUCUUCAUUCGCCAUCCACAGACAGUGUUUGACAUGGAGAGGCUACGGAAGAAGAAGAUGCAUGACAUUGCUACUCUUAUCCAGAAGAUCUACAAGGGCUGGCACGCUAGGAAGAGGUUUCAGGAUAUGAGAAGAGCUCAGAUCGUCAUCGCGUCCAAUUUCCUCUGCUACAAGUAUCGUAUGUGGUUCACGAGGCUAAGAUCGUCUAUUGUGGUGAUCCAGUCUUACUUCCGAGGGUGGGUGGCCAGGGUGGAGCUUCAGAGGCUCAAGUACAUCAAGGCUGCCACUUGGGCUGCAGGGAUCAUUCGCAGGUGGUUCUAUGGGUGGCAAGUCAGAAAAAUGGUACGUGAGAUGAGGUACCGGCAGCUGGUGGAGGAGUCUGUCGUGGUCAUUCAGAGCUAUUAUCGAGGCUGGAGGGUACGGACGUACUUCAGAAUAGAGCAGGCAGCUCUCGUCAUUCAGAAGUACUUUAGAGGGUGGAGGGUUCGUAUGGAGACCAGGGUCAUGUUCACGGAGUGGGCGGGUCCAAUGGUCGCAGACUUCAUGUGGAGGGCACUGUGCUACCGAUUCUUGGUGAACGUGCAUCACAACCUUCCCUCAGACUCUCCCGUGGACAAGAGGUGGCCACGUUUCUCCUUCCUCUUCGAAGAAGCUUCAGACCUGCUCAGAGUAAUCCAUCACAAGUGGAGGUGCAAGCAGCUGAGAGACUACUUCAUUCAAAAUCCACGAGAGAGGAAGAAAAUGAGCGAAAAAGCACGAGCCAGUUCUUUGUUCAGAGGAAAGAAAUCUCUCUACCCAAAAACGGUCCCGAUUCCAUUCAAGGUGGACAGACUCAACCUCCGUACGGAUGACCGGUGGGCUAGACUGGUGACACAGACUCAUGAGCAGAGGGUCAUCUGGGCAGACAACAUCAUGAAGAUCAACAGGAAAGACAUGAAGGGUGUACCGGCCAUGCUGGUGGUGACGGGCACCUCGUUCAUGGUGCUGGACCCUAAGACCAUGACUCUCAAGUAUAGAGUGGAGCUGCAGUAUCUCAGACAAGUCUCUCUGAGCACGUACAGCGAUCGCAUCCUCGUCCUGCACAUAGACCCGUACAAAGCGACGGACAGAUCGUACACUAAAGGUGACUUCAUGUUCAAGUGCUCCAACUGCAUUGAGAUGGUCACAAAGACACACGCUGUCAUCCAGGAAACACUCGGCAGAAAACUGAAAGUAGUCAUCGAAAAUGAGUUCACAGCUAGUUUCAAGCAAGAUGAGGAGCCGUGCCAGCUGCGUUUCCAACACGACCCUCGUUCAGGCCACACCUCCUCCCCCGUCUGUCGCAGGAAGGGCAGCAUCAUCAACAUUGUAGUCUGACACACCACAGGACUA